AUUUAUAUUCAUUAUACUUAUAAAUAUUGUAUAAAGCAUUAUUUUUAUAAGAAAAAAAGAUUGUCAUUACAUUAAUUGUAGUUGUUUCUAUUUUUUAUUGAAUAUUACGAUUUUUCAAAAAAAUAAACCAUUACUCUUUGGAUGAGAGGUUCCUUAAGAAUGAUAUUUUGAAUAUUAUCUUGAAUCAUUUAUUAUGGAAACAGAAUACUAUAAUAAAUUAGCUCUUCAUUAUUCAGAAUGUAAUAAGUACUAUUAUGAAUGUCAGAAGUGUGAAAGAGAAUUUUUCUGGCGACGAAUAUUUGGAAAGUGUACCCAGGCCCAUAUCAAUUUAAAAAAGUGUAUGCAAGAACAGAGACGUAUUCAACAGACAGAAAACAUUAAAAAAUCAAGAGAAAGGCAAGAAAAAUUAAAAGAGUAUUUAGCUACACAUGAACUUCCUGACCUGAACAUCUUCGAUAAAGUUUAAACAAUAUCUAAACAUUAUGAAACAACCAUGUGAAAUAAAGAAUUUAGAUGAUGAAGAUGAUGGUUUUAAGUUUCCAGAAGACUACAAUGUAGAUGAAAUGUUAGAUGAAGUGCCAUUGGAUCAAAAAUUACCCAGUGUUACUGAUCGGUACUUUACUCCCUUUUACAAAAUUGAUGCACAAAAACCACACAAUGAUAUUUGUAUUAGAAUCCAUAGCAAUCGUAUUUGUAUGUUGACUUUAGCUCCUAGUCAUGCAUUACUCCAGAAAGGAAAAGAAAUAGAAAAAAUCAGUUUUAAAGUCACAGAUAAAUUAGAUAGGACUAACAAUAAACUAUCGGGGAAAGCUAAACAUGGAGCACAACCGCUUCAAGAAAAUUCAAACAUUUGUAUCAUCACUAGCUCCGAUGGUGAAAAUUGGCCAAUAAAAUGUUGUAUGACUGGAAAAUUAAUUGAAGUUAAUGAAGCUCUGCAAGAGAAUCCUCUAUUAAUUAAACAAUCUCCACAUAGAGGUGGGUACAUAGCAAUUGCUUUACCAAAUAUCAAGGCCCAUGAAAAAAUGAAAGAUAUUCUUUUGAAUGAAGAUCAAUACCAAGCAGCUAUAGAAGAACGUACAAUUGCAGAGAGAGAUAAUAAUUUACAUGGUACAAUUACUGUGAAGAGAACGAGAGAUGAAGAUAAUGGGGAUUUAAAUAGAGAUGAAAAAAUAAUAAAAACAGAGUAGUAAGCAUAUGUAGUAGUUUAUUUACUUUAAUGAUUAUUUAAUUUAAAUACAACACACUGUAAAAUAUAUUUUCCAUUGAGGUAAAA